GAACAUCCAAAUUGAUUUUCAGGAAGGUUAGGCAUGAGAGAGCAUUGCUUACCCUUUGAAAGAAUGACCUAGUUUCCUUAUUAGAUUCAGCAUCAAAGCAUUGCCUAUGAUAAUCUUUUUAACCUCAGGUGUCUUGUCUUAGCACAUUCUAAUUUGAUCUUUUGGGGUUUAGCAAAUAUUAUUAGAAAAUAAAUAAGAAAACGUUGUAUAAUUCAUUUAAAGCAGGGGUGUCCAAACUUUUUUCACCGAGGGCCACAUACAGAAAAACAUACGAAGGGCUGGGCUACUCACUAGAGGUGCAGGUAUAUUCCCUGAUAAGUUAAGUUAUAAGUCAGCAAAAUAAAUCAAAUGUAGGUAAAUUAUGCUUAAUACUUGAAAAUGCUGUAAGACAGCCUACUGUAUACAUCACAGCUCUCCAUAGGGUUUCACUUAUCUUGUUAGCAGCUCAUUCCUUAAAACAGAAGCUUCAGAUUGAUUAUAAUAAGAGGAAAUAGGAAGGAUUUAUUUCAAGCGUAUUAUGAAAAUAAGUUACUGGGCUUUUUUCAUAUCAAUUUAGAUUUGAUAGAAAAUGUUUUCAACUUGAAUUGACUGAAUUGUUUGAAAAGUGGGCUUCAUAACACAUGAAUACUGUGUAAUAUCUGUUUUCAUCUAUAUUUGAGAAGUACAAUAUAAGACAAACACAAGUUUCAUCUGUGAGCCAUACUGUACUCCAUUAUACUUUUUGAAUUUGCUGAGGGCCGAUUCAAAAUGGCCCGCUGGUCAGAAAAGUGGAACUUUUCUCAACUUUCAGCGCGAGCAACGGAGGCAAAGCGAAGCAACGGAACCACAAUGCAGUUCAGCAAAGCUUGACGUCACCCCAUUCAAAGUGAAUGGGAAGCGUCUCUGUUGAAGCACGCGACGGAACCGUGUGGACGUUACGUAAGAGAAAAAAGUGUUUUAUUUUUAUUUUUGAUAACCCUAACACUAACCCUGAAUUCUUGUCAUGAGGUAUGCAAAAUGUAACUAUUACAUUGACAAAGACACUGUUAUGGAGAACCGCUGAGAGGACCCUCUGUACAAUGUGUGCUACACAGGGAAUAUUAUCUCUGCUGCUAUCAUAUUGUGAGCACUAUCUAUCCAACUCAACUUCCAGAAAGCGUCGCUUGGUUCGUCAAAAUUAAUUUUGUUCAUUUUCGUUGGAAUAUUUUCCUACUGCUUACUGAUGUACGGUGGUCUCCAGUUAAUGUAAUGUGUAGCAUGUGCAGACUCCUCUGCUUUUUUUUAAUGCCAUGCAAUUCAUGGUAAACAUUGAGUCAAUUUGAGUCCAACUUGGUAUUGUGAAUAAUUUGCGUUAAUUUUGAACGUGUCAAGGUUUCCGGACUCAUGACCCUUAAACCUACAUUGGCCUAUUCCAAAAAUGUCGUUAUGCUAUUUUAUUUAGACUUCCGUUUAGUUUGAGGGGGAAACAUAAAGCAGCCAAAAUGUAAAAUGAUUCAUUGACUGAGGAGCAUGAAGAUAGCAAACUGUCUUCUGUAUUGCAAUAUUUUUUUUGAAAAGUAGGAAUUGUUGGCUAAUUUCCCAACAGGCAUGAUCAUAGGGUAACCAAAUACUUUAGAAUCAAGAUAAAUGAAUAUUAUCAAUACAUUUAAUAUCAUAAUAGCUUUUAACGUACUUUGUCAAAGAAAAAUCACAACUUUAUUAAUUAUUUAUUCCUCAUAUAUCUCUGCAUGGCAACUGCAGCUUGAUACGUUUAUGAUUAUGGUUAGGGACAGAUGAUUGGUUGACCUAAAUAGUUAAUGUGAACUCCAGUCAUAAAUCACUCUUAACUUACAGACAAUGGCCUUAAAAAGGGUUCAGACUGAUUGUGAAGCUAAUUUCCAGUCAUUCUAUUGCAGACAACAUUUCUUUUUUUGUUCAAGUUGAGAUAUUUCAUUGCCUUUCAUUAUGUAAUACUUUUAGCUAAUUGUUUGGUGUUUCUUGAACAACUUAACUUUUUGGGUCACUCUCAUUGCUCCCAGGCAGCAAACAAAUGGUAAAUGGACUGUAUUUAUAUGUCAAAGCGCUUCACAUUCCACAAGUCAUCAUUCAUCCAUUCACACCCCCUUCAUACAGAGCAAUGUACCAUUUAGUCAAGUAAGCACAUUCAUACAUGCCAUUGGGAGCAACUCUGGGUUAAGUCCCUUGCCCAAGGGUACAUCGACAUGUUGACUGCAAGGGCUGGGAUUGAACCCACAACCUUCCAAUAGACGACCACACUACCGUACAGCCACAGUUGCCCCUAUGAUAAGCUAUAUAAACUGUACACUAACAGCCGAUAGACAAAACUAGCAACUAUAACUGGUGGACAAAUUAUACUGAUACAUUUAACAACUUGUUUCCGCUGCCCCCAGGAGGCAUCAUAUUGGCUAUAGGACCAAUGUCAACACUGAUCAAAUAAAACAUCUGGCCAGUCAACCGUCAUUGUUCCACUUUUUCGUGGAGUGAUGUUCCUGGACAGCAUUGACCUACACAGUUUCUCCAACAGCACUAACAUACCCGCACUCUCCUUAGUGAUUGCUCAGGGGGCCAUCAGCAUCUCCAUUGUUGCUCCAUGUUUUUGUGAGUGCCAGGGAGCGAGGCUGUUAUCAGGGCAGGCAGCGCGGAGGCAGAGCAGGCCUGGGUGGAGAGCAGGGCAGGGCUGGGUGCUCUCUGAACAGGGAGCGCGACAGGACGGCUUCUCCCAGGGAGAUAGCUUUGUUCUGGGCCAGGAGAGGUGACAUCAUGACAGAUGGCGAUGAAGAUGUGGGCGCAGGGGGCCGGAAACCUUAUCUUCCACAAUGGCACCGAGGGUAGUGAGACACACACAUGUACACUUGUGGAACACACUCACACUCACUUAUACUCCACUCCAGCGGACAACAUUGGACACAUAUACACACAGGAAAACACACUCCUCUGACAUGCCUACACAUCUAGUGGGUCUAGGGGGUGGCUGUCAUGUAUAAGGGAAAAUCGGACAGACAGAUUCUUCUGGUUACUGUGUGUGACUGUUAUGGUAUGGUGAUUUUCUUCUUGAGAACCUUUGGGAAACACACUGAAGAAACUGAUCCCAAACCAAUUCAACGAGGACUCCUGCUCACAUCUGUAGGUUUCCUCCGGUGCACCAUGUGUCGUCUCCUGAACGUCCUGCUGGCUCUGCUGAGUCGCUUCCUGUUUGUGGUGCACGGGGUGGUGACAGUGUGGCGUGUGGUGGCCGUGAAAGGGGAGCCACUCUAUUGGCUGCUGCUGACAGGCGUGGCUCUGCUGGGUGUGGAAAUGGCUGUCACUCUGAAGUGCACGCGAAAUGCAGAGUGGAAAUGGUUCUCCCCCAUGGUUUUCCUGUACCUCAGUACAGUCAUCCCGUCCAUUUGGUUCCUGGAGCUGAGCCUGCUGCAGUCCAAGCUGCCUGUCAACAAUUCCUCAGGCCCCGAGCUUCACUUGCUGGCUGGCAUCCCGAUCACAGCGGGCAUUGUGGAGCUGGACCCGGAGAACUGGGUGGCUGGCCUGGAGCAGACCAUGCUCAUCGUGUUGGUCCUGGGUCGCUGGCUGAUGCCCAAGGGGGACAUGUCCCGUGACCAGCUCUCCCAGCUCCUCAUGGUCUACGUGGGCUUGGGUGCAGACAUCUUGGAUAUCUUCGACACCUUCAAAGAACCCGAGGUCAAAACCAACCGAGCGGUAGUCAUCAUGGGACUGGGCCUAUUUUCUUGGGCACUCAUGCAGUUUCCUCUGGUGCUCACCCAGACACAACUCCCAAAGGGGGAGUCUCCAAAGACGUGCGUGUUCUGCCCUGGUGCUCCAUCGUGGUUCACCUCCUGCUGCUCCAGUGAAGUGUGGAGCUUGCUUCUCACUGUUGGGCUCCAAGAUGGCCCAUUUCUGAUUUACCGGCUUUACCUCAUGGUCCAAGAGCAGGUACUCAACCAGCUGAUGAUCUUCUUCACCUGCAAGAACAUCCUCAUCGUCCUCUUGGAGCUUUACAGAAUCUUUGUGGUGCAGUGCGAGCAGCUGGUUGGGGAAUCAGAGUUGGAAAGGUGUCCCGCUUUGGUACGCCUUUGUCGAAUCCAGAGCGGUAAGGAGGAAGAGGAGGAAGAAGAAGCAGGUGGAGAGGAGCAGAGCUGUCAGACAGACACAGAGAGAGGCAUAGAGAGGGAAGAAGAUCAGAGUGGUGUCCAGGUAUAGAAAAGCUCAAAAUGCCAUGAGGCAUGACUUUGGCCCUCGGGGGCUAGGGCGCGAGGUAGGCUUUCACAGACCAAGCGAGAGUCGAACCCAUCUGCCAUCUCUUGCAUCUCAGCCUCGCUCAGAGACAGUCUCGGCUCUCUGGAGGGUUCAGUGACUAGAAAUAGACCACAUGAGAAGAGAAUAAGUCCCCACAGAAAAGAUUAGAUUCAUUUAUUCCAACCCCUUUGAUGAAAACCUUUCCAAAAAGUGGUGUUUCAGUCAGAGGAGGUUUCCAGGGAGAAGAACACCAGCUCUGUAACUGUCAAUCUGUGUGUAUGAGGAACGACAGCUGAAUCCAAAUCU